CACCAGCAAGUAUGGGGUGGGGAGUGAGGCUCGAGGACUACUUAUCCGACAGGGCGAAAGUUUGCUCUCUCCGCCCAACAUGGCAGCACGAAGAAGGGCGCUAGAGACUUCACCCAGCAGGAGGUCUUUAGACUGAGGAAGCUCCUCCUCAAGCUCAACCGGAAGCUCCUCCUCAAGCUCAACCGGGAAAGGGGCAGCACUACCGCGACCGAGUGAGACGUCCGUCCGGCUGAGGAGGAUCCUGAGCGGGUGGCCCACUGACAGAAGGAGACGCUAGAGGAAUACGCCGGAGUCCAGGUCGCCUAAUUGAUUACACUAGAUACUUUUUUAAUUAUAUUCACCCGUUAGAUUGUCUACAUAUUGCUUUACGUAAAAUAACGUUUUUUUUCAAAAUCAAAAAAUCUGUCUCUCUCUCUCGGGGCGGGGAGAGACGAAUGAGAGAAGAAUGAGUGAGCUCUGUCAAUUCGAGAGAGAGAGAGAGCACUGCUGAGUCUGGCUACACUACAAAGAGAAGCCAGAGAGACGCGCAGACGGACAGGGUGAGGAAGCAGCGAAGUAGUGGGAGAGUGACGACCUGUGAGCCGGGGUCCAGGACGCGCAGAGAGCCGCUGGGUGGGAAGCAGAGUUUUAGGCACGUCUGGGAACUUGAGAACCCGCCAUCAAGUUCUCUCUUUGACAGACCGGAGUUGUGCGUGCUCUGAGGCAAAAAGUUGCUUCGUGGACACUUUGAGUCAAAGUCAAGAGGACUGAGAAGACGAGCACUGCUGCAGCGAGCCUCUGGCCGCUCUGUUUUGAGCAUCUCUGGACUGCUAAAAGAGAAGGAUCUGUAGCAGAAUCCGCCGCUGGAGUUCAGUCAGGAUUCUGCUUAACUUGUUGAGAAAGCGCCCCCCGAUCCCAGCCUGCCUGCAGACAGCAGCUCCCCGGACCUGGCGUGGUGAGGCGCUUCAGCGGGCUCAACAAAUGCAGAAAAGGGAGAAAAGUUUCGGUAUACAAAUGCUCUCCGUCCAGCCGGACACCAAGCCAAAAGGCUGUGCCGGCUGCAACCGGAAGAUCAAGGACCGUUACCUGCUGAAGGCCCUCGAUAAGUACUGGCACGAGGACUGCCUUAAGUGUGCCUGCUGUGACUGCAGGCUGGGCGAGGUGGGCUCCACGCUCUACACCAAAGCCAACCUCAUCUUGUGCCGGAGAGACUACCUACGGUUGUUUGGCGUCACAGGAAACUGCGCAGCCUGCAGCAAGCUAAUUCCAGCCUUCGAGAUGGUCAUGAGGGCCAAAGAGAAUGUCUACCACCUGGACUGCUUUGCCUGCCAGCUAUGCAAUCAGAGGUUUUGUGUGGGAGACAAGUUUUUUCUGAAGAACAACAUGAUCCUGUGCCAGACAGACUACGAGGAGGGGCUGAUGAAGGAGGGCUACGCUCCCCAGGUCCGCUGACCCCCUUAGACCUAUGAGGAGGAAGCGGAGGAAGAGGAGCAGGGAAGAGAGACCUGAAGUAGAGCUUUCAUCACACAACAAGAAGCACUAUUGCCUCCUGCCCAGCUCCAGUCCACAUGUAAAUACCUGAGCAGGCUUCCCCGGAAAGAUAACGACACACUCUGCUGUACAGAAUAGCCAUAGAGACGCCACAUGUGGCAGGGAGAAGACCGGGGAGCCUACGGCAAACUACUAGUGUGAAAAAAUUGUUUGUUGAUUUCUUUGUUUGUGACGGAUGCUGCCUCUUCCCUCCUGGACAACAGACGCAGAGCUCAGAGCUCAGAUUUCUAACCGACGGCUCAUCUCAGCCGAUGGAAAGAAAAAACAAUAUAUAUAUAGAAAGCAGUCUUGUCUCUUCUUAUCUGAAAAGGAAGGAGAACUUCUACUUGAAUCUGACAUUUAUUGUCAAUCAAUGUCAUUUUGAAGUAAUCUUUUUACUAGAUGAUAUCUGAUUUAAAACAAAGUGAAUGUAAACAAAGGUGUGCGUGUGCGUGUGCGUGUGUGUGUGUGUGUGUAUGUGUGUGUCCAAAAUUGAUCACAAGAAUCGAGUAGUAACACGUUUCUUCCAAAUCACACUCCUACAUUGGCUCCAGGGAAAACAAUCUGUUUGUGACUAAAUCAGUGUGUUUGUCUGGAUGGAUGAAAUCGUUCACACAGCCAUUACAUCUAUAGAUUUGAGACCAUUGUGUCACUUGAAGACAGUUGAUCCUUUACGACUGGUGUUUCUAUUGUUAGUUAAAAAGACUUGCUGAUAUAAGUAGGCAGCUUUUGAGAACAUAAAAGGGGACAUAUCAAGCUAUUUUUCAGGGCCGUACUUUUUUGCUGUGUUUUCACAAAAAUGUUUACAUGUGUUAUUAAAAAAUAUUUUUUUCUCAUUAUGAGUAUACCUGCAUAAGCCCCCAUCUCUAAAGAAAAUCUAGUCUGCUCUGAUUGGCUUGCAAAGAAAAUCGUCUGAAUAGAAAAUCACAGCCCCACGCAAAUGUAUGUCAGUUUUUAAUGAUAUGUCCCCUGAUUUUUCAGUAAAAAAACGUCUCUUUUCUGAUUGGGCCACAGAAAAUCUUUGAAACAUUCAGCUCUUCUGAGCGUUGCGUCAUCUUGCCUGCCUAGCAACAAAUCGCAAGCAACAUUAGCAACUGGCUGCAGCAUUUAGUUGCAAAAGAGCCACAUUCUUUUCACAGCAAUUGGUGGAGGCCCCAAAAGAGCUAAAACUUCUGUUCUUCAGUGGUACACACAAGACUCCUGUUCUCCAGGGAGAGGUUUAUGAUGCUCCGUGUCUCCUGGAUGUGUAAAUAGACAGCUGACACGUUACAAUUAAAGGAUUACAUUCUUUCAGACGUUUCAGCUCUGCUGCCCUCAGGUGGUCAGAAUGAAGAACUGAAGCGGCUUUUAACGUCAAGGACUAGACCUAAUGCAGGUGGACGAACAUGUAGUUGUGUGUCAUGGGGUGACUUGAGUCACCAUUCCAUUCCUGAAAUGCAUUCCGUCAGAGCUCCAUAAGCAGUAUUUGGGAAGCCCGGGUCUGGACUGUGACUCUGAGAGACGGCUGUGUAUUUUUUGCUGCAGACAGUCUUUUAUGAAAACCUCUUUCACACUUGUCAAAUGGAAACGUGGGUAAAUGGCCAUGGGGCCGGGUUUAUUUAGUGGUCGUCAGGAGUGUAGCGAUUGGUCUGGGAUGGUGGUGUUGGUUAAUAUUUUGUACACUAUUUAUUUGAUAAACAUUGCAGCGCCUGUUGUCCAAAAUUCGUAAAGCUGACAUGAGAAUCCAUUUAAAGGAUUUCUAAAUCUACAUUUGGCUUAUAUUGAUGGUUGCUGUCUGAAGCUCUAAACGGCUUUGGGUUCAGGUAACAGCACCGUGCGGCAGGUCAGUCACUUUCAGGCCUGCUCAUCUUGGCCUCGGUAGCUGCCCUGCUGCAGAGAAGUUAGUAGGACCUUUCAGCAGAGCUCAGCACCGUAUCGAAGUUCUUUCAUUUGUAAAUUGUGGGUGUACAUAAAAGAAAUAUUCAUUUUUGCUUGCUAUUGUACAUUGAUUUCUUUUUAUGUGUCAUCCAGCAUGAGAUGUUUAUUUUUAGGACAACGCUUGUAAAUACUGUAAUUGUAAUGAUUUUAAGCACAAAUGUAAUACAGUUUUAUUGUGUUACUUCA